UCGCUAUAGUUACUGCAUCCACCUGGGGCAGAACACCCCUUGGUGCCCCGCCUCCACGGGUAAAAGGUAGUUGACUGUCCCGGAUCUGCCCAGCUGAAGGGCGGGUUUGAGAGACGACGACGGGAUUUCCUUACUUCCCUCCCAACUCAGUUGUCAUGGGAACGAAGCGCUUCCCUCCAGGGCGGCUUUCUCCCCUUUCUCCUAGAUAGAGGCACAAACGUCGUUAGAGAAGAUAGGAUGGAAGACUUGUCUAAAAGGCACGGACGCGGCUCGGUCCUAGCGCUUUCUUCAAAUCCCUUCCUGCUACGCCUGCGCGGGGACCAGAUCCCAGCGCCGGCGCCCCCCCAUGCGCCUGGCGGUCGGACGGUGGCGUCGGGGGGCGCCAUGGCUUCAGCGGCGGCGGGAGAACCGGAGGAGACCACCCGGCUGCGUAAGCCACGCUUCUCGUUCGAAGAGAACCAGAUCCUGAUCCGUGAGGUCCGCGCCCACUACCCGCAGCUCUAUGGCGCGCAGAGCCGUCGGGUGAGCGUGGCUGAGCGGCGGCGCCGGGGGGGGGGGGCCAAGAUCAACGGCAUCACCAGUUGGAAGCGCACGGGCCAGGAGGUGCAGAAGCGCUGGAACGACUUCAAGCGCCGCACCAAGGAGAAGCUGGCCCGUGUGCCGCACUCCACGCAGGGCGCGGGGCCCGCCGCCGAGGACGCCUUCUCCGCGGAGGAGGAGACCAUCUUUGCCAUUCUUGGGCCUGGUGUGGCGGGGUCAGGGGCUGGUUCCGGCUCUGAGGAGCCCCCUGCCGCUGCCUCCUCCCAGCUUCCAGUUGCCAGCGCCUGCACCCAACGCCACGUGUUGGAGGACCGCAAGGAGGAACGUCGGUCAGAUACCCCGGCCCACAGCAAGGGGGGCUCCAGCAGCCCUGAGCCCUGGGCUCGGCCCUCCUGCAAUCCCCAGGAAGGGGGCUGCCUACGGCCCAAGGAGCGUGAGUCCCCACCCCCUGCGGCCCUGCAAACGGUCCAGCUGCCCCGUCUGGCCCUGUCUCCACCACCUUCAGCCCCUCCACCACCACCCCUGCCACCACUUACCCAAGUGGCACCCUCC